UGUCGACGUCAAAUUAUGACAAUAGUAAAUUCUAUGUCUCUAAUAUACCUACCUGUCAUUUUGUUUAUUUAAAAAUGCGUUACGGUUAUGAUAAAUGACGGAAACUGUGAUGUAGGAAAAUGUCAUCAUCGGUGAAAAUGUGAAAUCUUGAACACCAUUUGGAAUUGCACGGUUGUAGUGAUUGGAUUAUACAGUUUGGUUAUAUCAGUUGUCAAAUCCCGCUGGUCAUCGUUAUCUUUAUAACAAUAUGGAUUUGUCGUCAAUGGAUGGAAAUCAGAAUUCGACAAAAAUCAAAAUCAAAGGUGUCGACAUAAACUACGUUAAAAUUGGAAAUGGACCGCAAAAAUUGUUAAUAUUUCAAGGAGUAUUAGGUCAAAUUAGUGACUUUCUAUUACUAACACAACAUUUUGACAAAAACAAGUACACGAUUUAUUUAUGGGAUCCUCCAGGUGACGGGUUGAGUCGACCACCUGUUAGGGACUUUUCACCGGGAUUUUUAAACCGUGACGCGGAUUAUGCUAUAGCGCUUAUGGAGGCGUUAGGUGUGGACAAGUAUUCGAUGUUGGGCUGGUGCAACGGUGGGUCUACUGCGAUAAUCGCAGCGUCAAAAGUCGCUGAUCGAGUGGACAAACUGGUGGUGUCGAGUUGCAGCGCGUACGUCACUGGCAAUGUACUCGAGGUCUUAGAGAGUUCACGCGACGUCCGUAGGUGGCCUGACUCGCGGCGAAUACCACGUUUCAAAAUGUAUGGUGAAAAGUACAUAUCGGAAAAAUGGUCCGAGUUGUUAAAUGCGUUCCAGGCGAUUCUCCACGACGAUGGCGGUAAUGUGUGUAUUGGCGCGCUGGCACAGAUCAAAGCACCCACUCUCAUUCUUCACGGAACAUGGGACGAAAUAUUACCAAUCGACCAUGCCGAUUUCCUACACAAGAAUAUUAAGAAUUCUAUACUUGAAAUAUUUCCAAAUGGCGAGCAUGACAUACACAUAUCAUUUCCAGUAAAAUUCAGUUCGUUGGUUGAUAACUUUCUUACUAUCAUAUAGUUUAAUAUAUUUAUACUUCGUUGUAAAUCCGUUUUUACUUAUUAGGUUAGGUUAG